CGGAAGUUUACAAGUGACAGAAACGCAUAUUUUUUCUAGAAUUUUGAUUCCAUAAUGCGUCUUAAUUUUCACCAAUAACCCAAUUUUACUCGAUUCUCAGUUGUGUUUUAUUCGUCCUGAAUGAGUGGCAUAUCGGGAAAUUCACUUAAUCAACCCGAAAAUCAAAAUGGCGAAGAAAGAGCUGAUACAACGUGCUCAACAAUUUCUUCGCCAGAGGCAAGAGAUCCGAAUAGCGUCAACGACGUUGUUGACACUGGGAAUUCCACCAUGGUGACAAACACAGAUGUUGAAUCAGUCAGCGACUCAGAGUUAGCUGUGGUGACUGCAACAGUCGACAUGAUGGUACAGCGUACAAAUGCUCCAUUCACCAUAAACCGAUCACUUUCUUUAAACCUGGAUGACCAUGUCGCCGAAGCCAGCUCCUCGACGCAAACAGCACCCAAUCGUUCAGAUACAGAUUUGGGAUACCAGAUGUGUAUGGCCCGACCAGUUCGUGCGGAGACUUUCUGUGAUUGUGUGAAGUUUGGUAAAGAAAAGAGCUGUAAAUGUGGGGAAGAUGACAGAUAUUUUGAUUGGGUUUGGGAUGAGAAAACGAAAUCUCCUGCUAGUCAGUUGAUAGAUGAUGGUAAAGAAGUAGCCUUUCAUCUGGACUAUAGUUGUGGUACAGCAGCUGUUCGAGGAAAUAAGCCAAUGGCUAAAGAUCAAUAUUUCUGGGAAGUUAAAAUGACAAGUCCUGUUUAUGGAACAGAUAUGAUGAUUGGUGUUGGUACUGAGUUUAUUGAUCUUACAAAAUAUCAGCAUAAAUUCUGUAGUUUGAUUGGCCAAGAUGCAGAAAGCUGGGGUUUAUCCUACACCGGGACAACGCAACAUCGUAAUCAGAAACGCAGAUACGCGAGUAAAUUCGGACAAGGUUCGAUUAUUGGAGCUCAUCUGGAUAUGUGGAGAGGAACCCUGACUUUUUAUAAAAAUAGAAAACCAUUAGGUGUGGCGUAUACAGGUUUACAAGGGAAAGUUUUAUAUCCAAUGGUGUCAUCAACAGCAGCAAGAAGUGGUAUGAAAGUCAUCACCAGUCGUUCGUUCAAAACAUCGUUACAAUUUAUGUGUUGUCAGACUCUUCGCAAAAUAGUUCCGCAUCAUAUGAGUGUGUUGGAUGUCGUCCGACUUCCUCCGGGUCUCCGCGGUUUCUUGUGUAAUAAUAUCAGUUGGCUGUUACAACCCUGUGCCGAUGGCGAUACAAGCAGUUGCCAUGGAAACAAACGUAAAAGACAAUCGGAAUCAGAUGCAAGGGAUGAUUACGAUGGUUGUAAAAAGAUGAAAAGUUAACGUUUGAAUUUGUUUUAUAAAUUGGAAAACCUGCGGAUUCGUUUUACAUGUUUUGAACAAGUACUGAAUGAUGGUCUAAAGAUAAAAAUCUAUAAUUUUUUUUUUUUUCUUUUUUAUAUUUUAUAAGAUUUAGAAAUAUAAAAAAUAAGAAAUAUGAUUAGCAUGCUGUAUUUUAAUUUUUACAGAACGUUGAGCACAUCAGUCGUAAAGUUUUAUUUUGUAAUCUACCAUAUCAUAUAGUACUCUUACCUGUUACAUGAUAAAUUGUGAAACUUUGAGCUCAGCUUUGUUAUAGCUUUGUUCAUGUGCAGGGUUGGCCGAAUGGUUAGCGUGUGCGCAUUGUAUCAUAAGGUCUAUCAUUGAGUCAAGUGACAUUGUUUUGAUUCCCCGGUUGUACAUGACAAUGAGUAGAGUCGCCUGUCCAACCUCGUGGGUUUUUCCCAGGUCUUCCGGUUCCUCCCACUGCUAAAGACCCCUUUGUUCAAGCAGAUUAUUGAAAUAAAAUUGAAUCAUAUGUUAGUCCCGAAAUGACCUAGUUUGUGUCGAGUGGACGUUAAACCCCAUUUCUCCCUCUCUCUUUGUUCAUGUCUUUUUUAACUAUGAAUUAAAAUCUGUGGAAAGGAUUUUUAAAAUCUAUCCUUUGUAAAUAUAUUUUAAGAAAGAAAUAAAUGUUGUUUUUGUUCUGCCUACUUGAGAACUUUAUGAUAAUAUGAAUGUGUUAAAAGUCACCAGAAAAGCUUCAUCUGUGGAAAGGAUUUUUAAAAUCUAUCCUUUGUAAAUAUAUUUUAAGAAAGAAAUAAAUGUUGUUUUUGUUCUGCCUACUUGAGAACUUUAUGAUAAUAUGAAUGUGUUAAAGGUCACCGGAAAAGCUUCAUAAUUUUUUUUAAAUAAUGCAAAUAAUUAUGUCAACAUAUUCUUUCCAUCAGUAUAACACGAUCCCGAAUGUCAAUAUUACCUGUCACAGGUAAAUUUAAAUGUUAGUGAUUGCUGGCCUUCUACGUGAGUAGUCAGAACUUGUCAAUAAACAAUCACUGACGUAAUUUCGGUCCUGCUGAUCAUAGAGAUAUAAACUAGAAUAUGAGCAGGCAGACUAAAAUUCCGUCACAGAUUGUUUAUGGACGAAAAGUUACGAAACUCACGGAGAAAGGUGGCAGCAAUCGCUAAUGUUGAAAUUUACCUGUGGCAGGUAACAUUGACAUUCGGGAUAAUUAAUUGCAUUAUUUAAAAAAUUAUGAAGCUUUUCCGGUGACCUUUAAUUUUUUUCAAUGAUUAUCAUUGGAUAAUUGUUAAAGCAACAAAUUUUUGUAAAUAUCAUUUUUAUUGUUAUUUUUCACGUGUUAAUUGGUGAUUUUAAAAAAUUGUAUAUGUUCAGUCGAUUCCAUUCAAACUUGAUUGCAAAAAAUUUUGUUCUGCAGUUGACUUUGUAACCGAAUAAAUGUUUGACAUAUAUAUUGGCAUACAUAAGUUUUCUCGUAAUAUAAACCAGUAAUUCAUUUACGCAAAAUGAUGACAGCUACGCCAAUGACUUCAGUUUGCAAUCUGAUUAAAACACAGAUCAUAUUUCAUUUCGUUUUUUUAUAGUUCAAAAUUGCCUUUUAUUUGUCUGUACUACACUAGGAUCUGGAAGAGUUGUUAUAUAACCCGCGUUCUGGAUAGCGUGAGGGAUUAGCGAAUGAAACCACCUGUUACUGCAACUUCUUGGCGUGCCAUGGACGUAACUGUAGGAAUACCACUAGAAACGUCAACGCUGAUUGAUUAAUCUAUGAGGGAUGUUAUAGGGUCAAAAGUCGCUCGUACGACCAGACACGACCUCCCAGUAUAACUGGUCAGAUCUUCAUGUAGUGUAGACCAUCGAAAGUAUAAAAAACGAAACGAAAUAUAGAUCUGUAUUUAAAUCAGAUUGUCUCUGGGUGUGUAUUGUAAAUGUUUUUGAAUCAAUUUUAAAGAUGAAAGAUAAUGAUAUUAUAUGUUAUUAUAUUGUUUUAUUGUGUAUUAUUAUUAUUAUGUAUUCACAAAUAAUUUUAUAUGCAUAAAUAUUAUUAUUAUGUAACAAAUUUAAUGUCAUGAGAUGUAUCAUCUUCACAGAGUCGAGGUGAACAGUGCCACAUUAACCCUUAACCGGUCGACGUCAUUUUGACGUCAUGACGUCAAGUGGUCAGGCUAAAUAAAGGCUGACGUGAAACAUUUUGUAUGGCUAUUUUAAUAGAAUACUGCCGGAUAAUUAUUAGUGAUAGACUCUUGAUACCAAUAAAAAAGUUGAAGGGGAUAAGUUGAUCUAUAAUUUGCAAAUCAUUCUAAAUCAUUUUCAUCAGAAAUAUCGUCUUCAGAAUCGGUGUCAUUGAUAUAAUCCGAGUCGGAAUAAUUCAUAAGUAUUUCAACCACUUUGAGCAUCUUUAACCUUCCCGACAUCGUUAAAUUACGUUUUUCAUCAAAAAAUGUUAACAAAGACAUGUUUUUCUCAAUGCACUUGACAAGACAAGUUCCUGACCGGUUAAGGGUUAAAGGUCACCAGAAAAGCUUCAUAGAUGUUUUAAAUAAUGCAAGUAUUUAUGUCAUCAUAUCCUUUUCAUAAGUAUAACACGAUCCCAAAUGUCAGUAUUACCUGUAACAGGUAAAUUUAAACGUUAGUCCGUUCUCUGUGAGUAGUCGUAACUUUUCGUCAAUAAACAAUUCAUGACAUCAUUUUAGUCCUUCUGCUCACAGAAAUAUAGACUAGAAUAUGAGCAGAAGGACUAAAAUGAUGUCACAGAUUGUUUAUUGAUGGAAAGUUACGACUGCUCACGGAGAAUGGCGAAUGUUCCUAACGUUGAAAUUUACUUGUGGCAGGUAACAUUGACAUUCAGGUUCGUGUCAUACUUAGGGAAAAGAUAUAUAUAUGUUGACAUAAUUACUUGCAUUAUUUUCUGAUGGCCUUUAAUAUUAAUAUGUAACACAUUUAAUAUUAUGAGAGAAGGGGGGGGUUGUAUGGCCGAAUGGUUAGCACGUGUGCGCUGUAUCAUAAGGUCUGUCAUUGAGUCAACUGGCGUGGUUUUGAUUCCCCGGUUGUAUGUGACAAGGAGUAGAGUCGCCUGUCCAACCUCGCGGGUUUCCUCACACUGUUAAAGUAAAGACCCCUACGCGCAAGUGAAUUAUGGAAAUAAAAUUAAAUCAUAUGUUAGUCCCGAAAUGACCUAGUUUGUGUCGAGUGGUCAGUAUACCCCAUUUCUCUCAUGAGAUGUAUCAUCUUCUCAGCGUCAAGGUGUAAUAGUCCUAUAUCAUUAUGUAGCAAAAUUUAAUAUCACAAUAUAUAUCAUCUGCAUGGAGUCGUGGCGAAAUAGUCCUACAUUAUUAUAUAACAAAUUAAAUAUUAUGAAAUAAAUCAUCUACAGAGUCUUGGUGAAAACAGUCCAACAUUUCAGGUUAUAUUUUAUCUUGAUCAAAAGUCGGUUUCUAAUACGGAUAGUUAAAGUUUAGACACACCCCUUCCAUGACGUCAUCUUCUUGAAUGACAUUUCAGAUCAUGUUAUGUUUUACUUUGAUCAAAAGUCGGUUUCUAACACGGAUAGUGAAAGUUUAGACAUGCCCCUCCCAUGACAUCAUCUUCUUGAAUACCAAAUUUGACAUUUGAACGUAAUUAUUACCAUAGAUAAUGUUUAUGAUAUCCUCUGGGUGUAGUAUUCUUAACUUCAUUCAAUUUUAUUCCCUGCUUGUACGUGACAAGGAGUAGGGAUGCCUGUCCAAUCUUGUGGGUUUUCUCCGGGUCCUCCGGUUUCCUCCCACUGCUAAACCCGCAAGCGAAUUAUUGAAAUUAAAUUGAACCAUAUGUUAGUCCCGAAAUGACCUAGUUUGUGUUGCGUGGACGUUAAACCUCAUUUCUCUUUCUCUUUCUUUAUUUGAAUCUUACAUAAUGCAUCUUAAAUGUUGAAUGAUAAAGAGGUAUUAAAAGAAUACUAUGACAGGAGGAUGGAGAUAUAUUUCAUAUUGAAAUAAAUUUAACCCAGUAUUGUUGGGAUUAGGCCAAACCAGUUUGAUUUUCAGUUCAUUUAGGCCCUGGUUUCACAAAACAUUCUCAGACUUACGUUAAAAAUUUAUUUACUCGGAAUUGUUUGCCUUAUUUGAACUCAGAUAUAGCCUUUCUAUAAAACUUAUGUUUUUAUGUAUUAAAUACAUCAAUAAGAAACUAUGUGUAAAGUUUUGUGUUUCUGGAUAAAAGAUAUUGUCAUAAACAGUGACUGAAAGUUGUGUAAAUUUUUAACUUUCUUGUUUAUGAAUUAGUCUUUUGACCCAAGAACUGAAAAGAAGAAUUUUGUCAGGUGUUCCUAAAAAACAGAAUUUCAAAUUGCUUUAUCCUUAUUGGAAAAGGUUGAGAGACUUUGACUAAGUUUUUCACGUUGAGGAUAUUAAAAACAAAUUAAAUAUGUCCGCCAUUUUGUUUUUUAUUGUAUAUUUUAUUGUUAUUGGUGUUUUAAUAAAUCAGGGUUCUUAUUCACAAAAACUUAAACAUAUAUUAUGCAAGAGCUAAAUCUGCCUGUUGCAGGUCUUUCUUUAGGCUUGAAAUGUUAUCUAAAUUAUUAAUUAGACAUUAAUUAACCUAUCCAGAUCAUAAUCAACUCUCGAUGGCAUCGCUAGCCUGCGAUCUUUAGUGAAUUGUGAGCGGAUUUACUGCAUAACUUUCCUUCAUGAUGUAAUGAUUAAAUGGAUAAUCAAGACUAUGCUGUUUAUCGUACUGACUUUAGUAAUGAUGAUCAAGGCUAGGCAGAAAUUUCAAUCGCUUAAUUCUCGGUUCAUAGUGGAUCAAUUUGAAUGAAAUUUUCAGCAUAUUCCCUUUACAUAACCUAGUUUUUAAGUAUUAUAGUGAGAACUGCUAGCUCUUUAUCUAAUCUCCCAUAAUGUAUCUUUAAGUCUGAGAAUGCUUUGUGAACUCGGGGUUGGAUCUUUAUUAAUACUUCUUGUUUAUGGAUUAGUCUUUUGCCCCAAGAAAUGAGAUGAAGAAUUUUAUCAGGUGAUCCUGAAAAAUAGAAAUUUAAAUUGGUUUGGUCUUUAUGGAAAGGGUUGAGAGACCUUGACUAAGUUUUUCACCUUAAGGAUAUUAAAAACAAAUUAAAUAUGUCCGCCAUUUUUUUAUUAUUGUAUAUUUUAUUGUUAUUGGUGUUUUAAUAAAUCAGGGUUCUUUUUCCCGAAAACUUAAUCCUUAAUAUUUUAAGAAUUUUAGCUCUCAACUAAUGAAUUGUUUCAAUGGCAUUUAGUAAUUGAACUGGAAUACACAGGUCACAAUUCUAUGGAAUACAAUUACUGAGCAACGUUUUGACUAGGCUUCUCUAGUCAUUAUCAAGCAAAACUUCAGCUAAAAUAUUUUAUGAAUUUUAGCUUUCAAGUAAUUAAAUAUGGUUGCAGCCUUAAAGAUACCUUAUGUAAGAUUUAGAUAAAAAGCUGAUCGUUCUUGCUAUAAUAGUUUUAAAAUAUAGAUAAUGCAAAAUGAAUCUAUUGAAAUUUUAAUUCAAAUUACUUUAUUCUGAGUGAAGUUAGCACUGUUUGAAGGGUUAACAGGAUGUGGCAUAGAUUGUUUAUUAUCAUAGCUACGGUACACUUGUUAACCGAAACUAAGCCUUGAUUCACCUUUUUUUUGAUUAAAUCAUUAAAUGCAAAUCGCAUUUGAAUCCAUUUAAAUCUCUGCAAUCUGAUGGUUUAGAGAGUUGAUUUAUCUCUACAAUCUGAAGUUCUAGAGAGUUGAUUUAUCUCUGCAAUCUGAUGGUCUAGAGAGUUGAUUUAUCUCUACAAUCUGAUGUUCUAGAGAGUUGAUUUAUCUCUACAAUCUGAUGAUCUAGAGAGUUGAUUUAUCUCUGCAAUCUGAUGGUCUAGAGAGUUGGUUUAAAUCUCUACAAUCUGAUGAUUGAUUUAAAUCUCUGCAAUCUGGUGGUCUAGAGAGUUGAUUUAAAUCUCUGCAAUCUGGUGGUCUAGAGAGUUGGUUUAAAUCUCUGCAAUCUGGUGGUCUAGAGAGUUGAUUUAAAUCUCUGCAAUCUGAUGAGCUAGAGAGUUGAUUUAAAUCUGUUACUGAAGGGGGGUGGGGUGGAUGGCCGAAUGGUUAGCAUGCGCGCGCUGUAUCAUAAGGCCUGUCAUUGAGUCAACUGACAUGGUUUCGAAUCCCCGGUUGUACGUGACAAGGAGUAGGGUUGCCAGUCCAACCUCGAGGGUUUUCUCCGUGUCCUCCGGUUUUCUCCCACUGCUAAAGACCCCUACGCACAAGCGAAUUAUUGAAAUAAAAUUGAACCAUGUGUUAGUCCCGAAAUGACCUAGUUUGUGUCGAGUGGACGUUAAACCCUAUUUCUCUCUCUCUCUCUCUGCAAUCUGAUGAUCUAGAGAGUUGAUUAUAAGCUUGUCAUGUUGAUAAAUGUCUAAAUAAGAAUUUAUAUAAAAUUUGAAGCCAAAAUAAAGAUUUGAAAUCAGCAGAUUUAGUUCUUACAUAAUGCAUCCUUAAAAUAUUCUAGUUUUAAGUUUUCGUGAAUGAGGCCCAAGAUUCUGAGAUGUAAAAUGUCAUAAUAUAUCGGGUACACGUUUGUAUAUCGGGUACACGUUUGUAUAUCGGAUACACGUUUGUAUAUCGGGUACACAUUUGUAUAUCGGGUACACAUUUGUAUAUCGGGUACACGUUUGUAUAAUGGAGAAAUUAUUGUUUUAUUAUUACUUGUAAAUAAAUUUAAAAAGCUACGAAACCAAAUAUUUGUAAAUAUAUUGUAAUUGUAACAAC